GCCAAAUAAAAAAACAAUAAUAACCGACGCACUUAAAAAAAAAAAAGCGCAAAAAAAAUUAAUCUUCACCCGGCGAGGGCUCCGUGCAGACUGAGCUCUGCAGGGCUGAAUUAAGUGACCAAUCAGAGAGUUAUGAGUCAAAUUACACAGCGUGGGAAAAUUCCAAAGAACUUUCCCACGCUGUGUAAAAUGACACAGAGCACUCUGAUUGGUGGAUUUCAAACCAACCAGUGUGUUGUGACAGGUAAAUGUAGAGACUUACCUGUCAGUCCCUUCAUUUACAGUCCUGAAUUGCGAAAUUCCCGGAUUUCGGAAUGCCGAACCAAACCGAAGAUUUUCCCCAUGCACAUGCCUACUCCUCAUAGAGGAAAAAACUUUUACAUUGCAGGGAUAAGAGGACAGGGACACUCUAUGUAGACCACUUCAUUGAGUUAAAGAGGUCUGGGUGAUUAUAGUGUUCUUUCAAACUUGUAACAAAACAAUAAAAAAAUGAAGUGAAAUAAAAUAACUGUCAAACUAAUACACUAACACAACAAGAUGUAGGUAUACAGUCCUGAAGAAUAAAGUGUCAGGAUAACAUGUAAUGAAGAUACAUUUUUAAAGUGGGGCAGGAUAAGGGGCUGAAGAGGUCAAUGGAGCAGAAGCUGAGAGAAACUGGAAAGGACAGGGAGCAAAAGGGGUUAAGAGGCAGAAGCUUCCCAACAUUCAAAAUCUAAUUUCAGGGAGGUGGCUUAACAAUGACCCCCUCCCCCACGCGCUUCUCCCCUUACACGCGCCUGCACACACAUACAUGCACACUCAGAUACACAAAAUGGCACAUGCAUACACACUCAGAUGCAUUCAGAUUCACACACUGACACUCAGAUAAACACACACAAACAUUCAAUCUGACAUACACACACUCAGAAACAUACUAUGGGAGUGGGAAAUCUGACUUCCAUCAGGCUGAGUCACUGGACCCCAGGGAAGUCACCCUUCUGCUCCUAAAAGGUAGGAAACAGGAGGGUGACUAAAACAUGUUGUAUGUGUCUGUGUUAGUGUACGUGUCUGUAUAUGUGUGUGUUUGAAUGUCGGUGUGUUUGUGUAUGUGUGUCUAUAUACAUUUUUCUCUGUUGGUGUGUCUGUACAUAUGUGUGUGUGUAUCGGAGGAAACUCAGGCUGUAAAUGCGCUGUCUGAGUAAGAAGCGUACUGAAAGCCUGGACAAAUCGAUCCAUCCGGUGAUCAUUCUCCUCUAGCUUCCUCUCGCAAGCUGCGAUGUACUGACAUAAUUCUGCAGGAUCAAAUGCCCUGUCAUAAUGUCAGGAUUACUAGUAGAUCUAGCACGCAGAAUUAUAUAACACCUUGGACUAAAAGGAAACGACUUACCGGGCCUUAGAAUGGCCGGACCUAACGUACCAGAAAAUAGUCAGAAUACUUGCUGAGGUCAGGGACAAAGAAGGAGACACAACGAUGAGGAAUGAGAAUUCAGGGAAGUCAAAAUGAAGCCAAAGUCAAUAACCAGAAAUAAACACUCAGGAACACACUCUCUGAUCACCAACUAAGAAAAACCACGACAGGGCACUGACAGAAAGGUAAUUUGGGUUUAAAUACCCCUCCUUUGGCUGUAAUUGGCUGCCUCCGACCUCUGACCUUGGCACCAUUUUUGGUGUGGGCGAAGAUAAGUUUGUUAUAAAAAUCCAAACUGCAGCUGUCGCUGAUCCUGAAAAUGUCGCACCCGCUGGGGACCGGACGGAGGGAGGUCGGGCAGUGAUCUGCCGCGAACAAAGUAAGUGAGAUUUGUUUCUGUCGCUGUGGUUGCUUAUUUUUUGUGUAUCCACGCCGGCAGAAUCACCAGAAGCUGUGACAAUACUGUAGCAGGCGCGUGCGUGGAGUUUUUACAGCAGAGAUGAUUUGUUUGGUAAUAGUCUUUGGUUUGUAGCCUUUCUGUCUCAUAGAUUGGGAGAGUACAUUUAGAUGGUAAUUACGGUCAUUAGGAUCAGAGCAUAUGCGAUGGUACCUAGAGGCUUUGGUGUAGAUGAUGCCCUAUUUAGUAUGGGAGGGGUGGAUGCUGAAGCUGUGAAGGUAACUGCACCUGUCUGUGGAUUUUCUGUAAACCGAGGUGUGGAUUGUGCCAUUGUUACAUGUCACAGUGGUGUGCAGAAAAUUCACAGAUCUAGUGGAAUAUUCAAUUUUUAGUUUGAUUGAUGUACGGAAUGAGUUAAAGGAGUCAUGGAACUGUAUCAGUUUUUCUUUGCUUUCAGUCCAAAUUAUGAAGAUAUCAUUGAUAUAGCGAUAAUAUUUGUAUGGUCUGGUGUUCUGUAUUUCUACGAAUCUCUGUUCAAGAUCUGCCAUAUACAUAUAUAUGGGUCUAUGUAUGUGUAGGCACAUUGGUAUAUGUGUAGGUACAUGUAUUGGUGCUUGUGUGUGGAUGUAUGAGUAGGUGUGCAUGCACAUUAAUUUGGGCAUUUGGUUGUAUUUAUAUGUAUAUUGUAUGUACUUAUGUAUAGUGUGUAUGUUCUUGUGUAUGCUUGUACAUAUGCACUACUUGUGUAUAGGUAUAUGUACAUGAGUGUGAGUGUGUACGUGUGUCUGUGUAUGCUGGAUAUAGGCCUUUAUGCAUAUCCUGUAACUCUUGGAUCAUGGAUUCUUUAUAUUAAUACUCCCCCCUUCUAGCACCAUCUUCUGCACUGUUCCCUGUUUGUUUUUUCUUUCUCUCCCCCCUCACUCUGUUAUCUUCACAUAAGAUAUUUACGACCCAGGGGCGGACUGACAACUCACAGGGCCCUCGGGCAGUAGGAGACCAAGGGCCCCCUUCUUGUGCAAAGUUUUUUCCACCUGUGUUUGCUGGUGACAUCACAAGCAGCAUCCCCCACAUUUGUUUUCAAUCAUACAAGUAGCCUGCAAACGUUUGUAGGCGACUUGUGGGGUUCAGUGUGUGGGAUGCUGCUUGUGAUGUGUUCCUGUAUGUCAACGUGUUGUGUAAAUUUUUUUGCCUUUUACCUAUUGUACUGAGCUGCAGAAUAUGUUUGUGCUAUAUAGAUGGUUGUAAUUAUGGUGUGUGUGUGUGUGUGUGUGUGAGUGAGUGUUUGUGUAAGGAGGCUGUAUGCAGUAUUGCAAUGGUAGGAAUGCUGCCUGUUGUUUUCCAUGUGUGGGGAUGCUGCUUGUGGGAUUGUGUGCAUACAGUGAGGCUUCUGGUGGAUUUGAGUGUGUGAAUGAGUCUGUUUGCAGUGUAGUAUGUGGGUUGAGACAGCUGGUUGUGUUGCAGUGUGUGCGGUAAGGGCUGUUGUAAGUGUGUGGGAUAGGGGCUGUAGUAGGCGUCUGGGGGUUACUAGGGCUGUAGUGUGUUUGUAUGGAUAAUAGAUAUUAAAGGGACUCUCCAGUGCCAGGAAAACAAACCAUUUUCCUGGCACUGCAUGUCCCCUCUCCCUCCCACCCCCUAAAAACCAUUCAGUGACUUACCUGAAUCCAGCGCCGAUGUCCCUCGCCCGCCAACAUCAUCCAGCGGGGGAGACCUAUUGAGCAUGCGUGGCCGAGGAGACCUAAUGCGCAUGCACGGCAAUGCCAUGCACGCGUAUUAGACCUCCCCAUAGGAAAGCAUUGAAUGUUCUAUGAACAUGGAAGUGUCCUCUAGUGGCUGUCUAGUAGACAGCUACUAGAGGAGGACUUAAACCUUCAAGGUAAAUAUUGCAGUUUAUGAAAACUUAAAUAAUUACACUUGCAGGGUUAAGGGUAGGUGGUAUACAGGGUGCAGGAAGGUAUAGGGGCUGUAGUGGGUCCAGUGAGGGCUGUGAUGGGUGUAGGGAUGGAUAGGGAUUGAGGUGGGUGAAUGGGGCAUUGGGCUGAGGUAGGUGAUGGGAGAGAUUGGUGCUGAGGUGGGCAUGGGCAUGGGGCCCAGGUGGGUGCUAAGGGAGAAGGGUGCUGAGGUGGAGUGGGACAUGGGGCUGAGGUGGGUGCUGAGGUGGAGGGGGGCUUUGGAGAUGAAGUGGGUGCUGGGGUAGAUGGGGCUGAGGUAAGUGAAGGUGGAGGGAGAUGGGUGCUGAGGUGGAGGGGGGCAUUGGAGAUGAAGUGGGUGCUGGGGUAGAUGAGGGCAGAGGUGAGUGAAGGUGGAGGGAGAUGGGUACUGAGGUGUAGGGGAGCAUGGGAGAUGAAGUUGGUGCUAAGGUUGAUCGGGGCUGAGGUGAGUGAAGCGGGAGAUGGGUGCUGAAGUGGGUGGAAGGGGGCAUGGGGCUAAGGGAGAUAGGUGCUGAGUUGGAGAGGGGCGUGGACUGAAGUGGGUGCUAAGGUGGAGGGGGCAUGGGCGAUGAAGUGGGUGCUGAGGUGGAGGGGGCAUGGGCGAUGAAGUGGGUGCUGAGGUGGGUGGAGGGGGGCAUGGGGCUAAGGGAGAUGGGUGUUGAGUUGGAGAGGGGCAUAGAGCUGAAGUGGGUACUGAGGUGGAGGGGGCAUGGGAGAUAAAGUGGGUGGAGGGGGCAUGGGGGCUGAGGUGGAGGGGGCAUUGGAGAUGAAGUGGGUGCUGAAGUGAGUGGAGGGGGAGAUUUGCAUACCUGCUGACUGCAGGGCUGCCAUCAGAAAUGUUGGGGCCCCUGACACAGCUCAAGGUCUGGGCCCCCCGGUGCCUGAACCCGAGUCCGCCCAAAGUGCUGCCCCCCCCGAAUCUGCCCACAGGGAUGCAGUGUCUGCAGGGCCGGUGCAAGGAUUUUUGCCGCCCUAGGCAAAAGUAAAGUUUGCCGCCCCCCAUGUGACAUCACAAUGCCCCACCCAUAUGAUCUGCCAUGUUAACUAACACCAGUGCUGCAGUGCCGCCGUGUUUACAUUAAAAGGCCUGCAGGGACAGGCUAGACACCAGAACCACUGCAUUAAGCUGCAGUGGUUCUGGGGACUAUAGUGUCCCUUUAAUGUGAGGUAAAUUAGAGAUUUGUGCCACGAAUAAUAUACUAGAUUGCCUACUUACAACUAGAUGAGGAUGAUGAUGGGCUCUAGCUGCCGUCUGGCUCCACUGGUCUGGUGUACAACAGGCUCUCUGGAGGCGGUUUGUAACUGUGGUCACAAAAAUCACUGUUCUGGGAGAACGGGAAGCAGCUCCAUUUUUUUGAGGGCCCUUUACACAGCUCAAGGUCUGGGUCCCAGGGUCCACCUUCAUGUUCCACCAAUGAGUUUGUUCACAGGGAGUGGAGUGUGUGUGUGGGGGAUGUCCUGAUGUGUGUAAGGAAUGCAUUGUGUGAAUCUGUGUUUGUAUGUGUAAGGGCUGCAAGAUGAGUUUGUGUAUGUAUGGGAUGCAGUGUGUGCGUCUGUAAGGGAUGCAUUGAGUGUGUGUAAGGGGUGCAUUGUGUGUUGCUGUGUGUAAGGGAUGCAUUGCUUGUGUACGUGUGUCUGUGUGUAAUGCAUUGUGUGUUUUUCUGUGUGCAAGGGGUGCAUUGUGUGUGAUGGAUGUCAAUCUCUCCCCCUCCCCCCCGUCAAUUUCCUUCUCCCCCCCUCUCCCUCUCUCCAAUUUCCUUCUUCUCCCCCUCCCUCUCCAAUUUCCUUCUUCCCCCCUCCAAUUUCCUCUCCCCCCCUCCAAUUUCCUUCCUCUCCCCUCCAAUUUCCUUCCUCUCCCCAGUCCCUCAAAUUUUCUUCCUCUCCCCCAGUCCCUCAAAUUUUCUUCCUCUCCCCAUCCUCAAAUUUCCUUCCUCUCUCCCUCCCUCAAAUUUCCUUCCUCUCUCCCUCCCUCAAAUUUCAUUCCUCUCCCCCCUCAAAUUCCCUUCCUCUCCCCCUCCCUCCCUCAAAUUUCCUUCCUCUCCCCCCUCCCCUCAAAUUUCAUUCCUGUCCCCUCCCUCAAAUUUCAUUUCCUCCCCUCCCAUUCAUUUCCUUCCUCUCUCCCUCCCUCAAAUUUCCUUCCUCUCCCCCCUCCCUCAAAUUUCAUUCCUCUCCUCCCUCCCCCUCAAAUUUCAUUCCUGUCCUCCCCUCAAAUUUAAUUCCUUCCCCCCUCAUAUUUCAUUCCUUCCCCCUCUCCCAUUUCAUUCCUCCCCCCCCCUCCCACUCCCUCAAAUUUCAUUCCCCCACUCCCUCAUAUUUCCUCCUCCCUCAAAUUCCUUCCUCCCCCCUCCAUUUCAUUCCUCCACCCCCCCCCCUCAUAUUUCAUUCCUUCCCCUCCCACGUUUCAUUCCUAACCCCCCUCCCUCGAAUUUCAUUCCUCUCCCCCCUCUCACUUCCCCCCUGACACCGGCGCGCGAGGGAGCACUCUCUGUGUGCUUCCUCUUCAGCUCCCUCGCGCGCCGCGUACUGAUGCCGGAGCCGGAAGAUGACGUUAUCUUCCGGCUCCGGCAUCAGUACGGUGCGCAAGGGAGCUGAAGAGGAAGCACACAGAGAGUGCUCCCUCGCGCGCGGCCCGCCCGCCGGGUGUCAGCAGGGCCAGCCUCUGGGGGGCCCUGAGGUGACCGGCUGCUGGGCCCCCCAGGAGAAGAGGCUGGCCCUGUGGGUACAUACCGGGGUCGCAGGGGCCCCUGCGACCCGGUAUGUACCCAUUGAAUGUGGGGCCCGGACGACCUGAGCAGUCCGGGCCCCCCAGGACCCGCCGGGCCCAUGACAACCGUUGCGGUUGUCAUGCCCUGAUGGCGGCCCUGGCUGACUGUGCCAGGCUGCUCACUCUGUAUAUUCUGCAAGAGGAGAGGAGAGGAGAGGAGAGGAGGGGGCAGGAAGUGAUGUCACUUCCCCUCCCCCGGGCCCCGCCUCCUCCCCUCACACAAGCUCCGCACAGAAAGGAUGGAGGAGACCUGGCAAGAGCUGGAUUGCUGCCAGGUCUCAUGAGGUGAGGGGGAACACAUAUCAUGUUAAAUUGUGUCUCUCUGGCUGGGGAGAUCUCUGAACUCCCCAGCCAGAGACAGUAUGACUGUUCAGGCAGGCGGGCCCCUGACUGCCUCGGGCCCUCGGUCCAUGACCGAUCUGCCCGAGUGGUCAGUCCGCCCCUGUUACGACCCUCUGCAAGAAUGGUGUCUAUGUUCUAACAAACCUGUCUUAUCUGCACUCAUGUUGCUUUAACCCCUGUAUCACAACUCAACUUUGAAUUAUAUGUGUCGUCUUGCUCAGAAGUGCUUCGGACUUGAGAAAGAGAGGUUCUCCCGAAAGGUUGUCAUUACAAAAUUCUGUUAGUCCAAUAAAAAAGGUAUUAAAUAGACGAAUUUUAUCUGUUUUUUACAUCUACAUCACUGGAAUGAUACAGCUGUAAUCUCUACUUGAACACUAUAUAAAUAUAUAUAUAUAUAUAUAUAUAUAUAGUUACAGUAACAUCUGCAAUACACACAAUGUUAUGUUAUUGAAAAUGCCCUGUCAAAAGUAUUUUAAAGGUAUCUGGAUGGCACGUCACUUUGUACACUUCAACUGCAAAACUCCAUGCCAUUAAUCCAAAGGUUGUUUUAGAAGUCUUGACGUCAGUAAUCAAUCUACAAAUUCAUCUCAGACCUUAUUGAUUUGAAACAUGUUGCCAAAGGCCAUCAGUGAUUGCUUUCAACUUAGUAUUGCGGCGUAUGCCAUUUAAUAUAUUUAUUGCUUUAAUAAUAAAAUAUUAACUUUCAACAAAUUAAACGCCAAGCCACCUCUGUUUAUUCUAAUGAUUUGAAAUGGAAGACAUGAUUAAAUGUUGUAUCUUGCGUUGAGAGUACUUUCUGUGAAGGCAUUUCAUUAACCUAACCACAAAUCCAAAGUAGAACACUAAGCUAAUGUAUUGUAAAUGGUCUCUGGACUCAAUACUUCAAGGUCAAUUUGUUUAAUGUACAAACUCCCCUACGCACAUUUGCUUGUCAUUUUUGGAGCUUGCCAAUUUUUUUUUUUUUUUUAGUUUCUUUCUUCUUUUUUCCCCCCCCGGUUUCAGAAUUCUACUAUAGUUGUACUGCUAACGUAUGGUAAUGCCGUUUUGUCUAAUGAAUGCACCAGAUGUUGAUUAUGCAAGUAAUAGAAAUAACUAAUGUAUAAAAUAAUUGCAAUGUUCAGAUGCGCUACGUCCCGGUACCACCAUGUUUGGUUGCAACCAUAUGCUACACAGACUACUGCAAACUCUGUUGCAGUAUCGGCAAUUUUGCCAAGAAACACAACUGGGGGUGUAUCUAAGUCGUACCUCUUGAUAGCUGUUUUUGACAAACAGCUAUUUUGAUUCUCACACAGCUGGCUUAUUAGCAGUAAAACAUUUACUACUAUAAUUUAACUGUUUUUGACUUUGGCUCUGUCUGUUCAAUUGGACACAUAAUUUGAAGGGUUCUUAUUCUCUUCCUUCUGCAGGGAUAACCCUGUUGCCAUGCUCAUCAUCUCAACUACCAUGUUAUUGCUUUAAACCCAAAGAUGGUAAGUAAUGCAAAAAUAGAUAAAUGUUACUAAAAGUUGUGUUAGCUAGCAUAUUUGUGCCUAAUGUGCAGGACAUUGGAUAUUUAUCAGAAAGUGUAUUCAGUAACUUUCUUAGGUAUUGAAGUCGCCAUUCACCAUGACGACAUUAAAUGUCCAGUGGUUCCAUUAACGAACAUGUCAAUAAUUUUUCUAUUGAAAGACUGUGAUAGUCAAAAUGUAAAUAUUCAAUGCCAGGUAUAGUGUUCUUUUACCAAUCUGUUAAUCGUAUAAAUGUGCUUGAAAAAGUAUUGGGACUAUGAGAUCGUUAUUUGUUUUACAUAGUUACCAGUUCUGUACAGUAUCAAUAAAAUGUUUAGUACUCCCUUGUGUCUCUUGCUCAUCUACGUGUUUACAGACUUUUAAGUGUCAGUGAUCAUUGGUACCACAAGAAGAUCGUAGCUGCUAAAUCAUCCCUUCUGCUUAGAAUUGGAGGAGUAACAAAUUAUAUAUUAAGGACAUAACUAUACAUCACUAAAUUCGGACAAUGAACACAGUGUAAUAAAUAUUAUCCUACAGAGACCUCAGCUUGUCUUUGCCCCCAUGUAACUAACUCUGUCACCUAAGCUUAUGCCUGCUUUGAAAUAGAAUUCCGAACAUACUCUAACAGUUUCAUAAAUACAAUAAUUAAUGAAACAGUUAUGAAAUGAGAACAGUAUUAGCGUUUUUAACCCCUUAAGGACACGACAUGUGUGACAUGUCAUGAUUCCCUUUUAUUCCUGAAGUUUGGUCCUUAAGGGGUUAAAGCAUUGGAAAUACAUUACUGAAGGUAAUGGUAUAAUAAUCUUUGUUAUUAUAAAAAGCAAUUACAAGGAUCUGUCCUGACAAAUGUAUUACUUAAGGGCUAGUGAUGUCCCGAACGGUUCGCCGAAUGGAUCGCCACGGACGGCGAACAUAUGCGCUGUUCGGUCCGCCCCCUAUUCGUCAUCAUUGAGUAAACUUUGACCCUGUACCUCACAGUCAGCAGACACAUUCCAGCCAAUCAGCAGCAGACCCUCCCUCCCAGACCCUCCCACCUCCUGGACAGCUCACUAAGAAUGCAGCUUCACAAUGAAUGUAAAAUGGAUUCUGUCCAGGAGGUGGGAGGGUCUGGGAGGGAGGGUCUGCUGCUGGUUGGCUGGAAUGUGUCUGCUGACUGUGAGGUACGGGGUCAAAGUUUACUCAAUGAUGACAUAGGGGGUGGACCGAACAGCACAUAUGUUUGCCGUCCGUGGCAAACCGUUCGGCGAACCGUUCGGGACAUCACUAUUAAGGGCUAAUAGUAGAGAACAGGAUGAAACUAUUGUAAUGUCAAGAAAUGCAUCUUGACUUGUGCCGGACAAACUGUAAGACAAUUUAGAUGAAUAUUAAUCUGGUUUAUUUAUUAAAUGUCAAAUUGCAGUAAAUGAAAAUAUGAAUUGCAAAAUAAGGCAAACAUAGCUGAUUUGGAGAGGUUUUUUUCUCACCUAGCAUUAUCUGUUUUGGCUAAAUGUUGUAAUUUGGGUUUCAAAUCACUACAGUCUGAAGUUACUGAAUAACCUCAUUAAUAACAUUCCCCUUACAUUAUGUGCACACAGAUUUUAUUUUGCAUUGCCAAACAAUGCAAAACAAUGUUUAGUCCAUAAAGCGUCACUUUCCUUUCCCUAUGCAUCAGCCUUUUUUUUUUAUCAUUCUGCACAGAAACUAUUUUUUAACAGGACACUGCUUUAUUCCUCUGCAAGAGUGAACAGCAAUUUAUACACUAAUUUGUUAUUUUACCAUAGCUAUGCACCCCAUGUUAAAAUGUACACUGAUCAGCCACAACAUUCAAACAACUGACAAGUGAUGUGAAUAACAUUGGCUAAAUUAUAAAUCACACCUGUUAAAGGGACACUUUAUAGUCAAAACAACUUUAGCUUAAUGAAGCAGUUUGGGUGUAUACAGGGCCAGUGCAAGUAUUUUUGCCCCCCCCCCCAUAUGUCCUGCCCACCAUGUGACAUCACAAUGUCCCACCCAUAUGUUCUGCCAUAUGGGCCAACGCCAGUGCUGCACAUGGUGUCUUUUAUCUGAAAAGGCAGUGUGUUUACAUUAAAAAGCCUGCAGGCACAGGCUUAGGCCUUUAGGUUUCCUGUGCAAAAAGUCUUCACGGCACCCCACCCCCCACCCGUAUACAGUCACACACACAGGCACAAGCAGACAGUCACACAAACAGUUACAAGCAGACAGUCAGACACGCUCGGUUACAGGCAGACAGUCACACACACACACACACACACACACACACACAGUUACAGGCAGACAGUCACACAUGCUCAGUAACAGGCAGACUGUCACAUAGCCAAACACACAGUUAAAGGCAGACAGUCACACACACAGUCACAAGCAGACAGUCACACAUACUCCAUUACAAAGAGACAGUCAUACACACUCCGUUACAGGCAUGCAGACACUCACGCACGAUUAUAGGCACACACACUCAGUUAAAGGCAGAUAGUCAAACAUACAGGCACACACAACGGCACAGCUACAGCAAGACACACAAUUGGAGUAACACACACAGGCAGAGAGUCACACACACAGGCAGAAAGUCUCACACACACACACAGGCAGACAGUCACACACACAGGCAGUCACACACACACACACAGGCAGUCAGACAGACAGUCACACACACACAUAGGCAGUCAGACAGACAGUCACACACACAGGCAGGCAAUCACACAGACAGACAGUCACACACAGGCAGUCACACACACACAGGCAGACAGUCACACACACACACACGAUUUUUCUUUUUUUUUUUAAAUAGACCCGGGUGGAGAAUAAUUAAAUCCUCCACCCAGGUACCUGUUUUAGCUUCCCUGACACCAGCCAUGUGCGCGCUGUGUCGGCCACAUGGCGCCCCCGGUCCAUGGCGCCCUGUGCGGCUGCACAGCUCGCACACCCCUAAGGACAGCCCUGGGCACAAGCUAUAGACACCAGAACCACUACAUUAAGCUGUAGUGCAUUUGGUGACUAUAGUGGCCCUUUAAUGUGAGGUAAAUUAGAGAUUAGUGCCACUAAUAAUAUAUUGGAUUGCCUACUUACUACCAGAUGAGGACAAGAGGAUGAUGAUGGGUUCAGGCUGCAGUCUGGCUCCACAGGUCUGGUGUAGAAGAGGCUCUCUGGAGACUGUUUGUAACAGUGUUCACAACAAUUAACGAACAGGAAGCAGCUCCAUUUUUGGGGCCCCUUACACAGCUCAAAGUUUGGAACCCCAGGGCCUGACCGUGAGUAUGCCUACAAGGCCCACCCAUAAAUCCACCAACAUGGCCAACCCAUGAGUUCUCUCACAGGGAGUGGAAUGUACGUGUGUAGGGGAUGUGUUAUGUGUUAUUGUAGAGGAUGUAAUGUAGUGUAUAGGGAUACCAAUUUGUAAGGGAUGUAGUGUGUAUGUAUAGGGGAUGCAGUUUGUGUUUGUGUGUAAGGAAUGCAUUGUAUGUUUCUGGGCGUGUGCGCGUAAGGGAUGCAUUGUGUGUUUCUGUGUGUCUGUGUGUGAGCAGGGAUGCAUUGUAUAUGUGUGUAGUGUAAAAGAGAGGGUUUGUGGGGUAGGAUAGGGGCUGAGAUGGGAGCAGCUCUUUAUUUAAAAAAAUUAUAGUGAUCUCUCCUACUGUCCCUUAGUGUCCCUCCUUGGUGGUCUUCUCCCCCCCCCCCCCUUGGUGGUCCUCCAUCUCCCCCCUCUCUCAAACCCCUUAGUGGUCCUUCCCCUCCUCCCCUCCCUUAGUGGUCCUUACCCUCUACCCCCCUUAGUGGUCCUUACCCUUUUCCCCCCUCCCUUAGUGGUCCUCACCCUCUUCCCCCCGCUUAGUGGUCCCUUCCCCCACCCCCUUAGUGGUCCUUUCCUCCUCUCUCCCCACCUCCUUAGAGGUCCUUUCCCCCUACUCCCCCCCACCUUCUUAGUGGUCCUUUCUCCCCCACCUCCUUGGUUGUCCUUUCUCCCCAACCCUUAGUGGUCCUUUCCCCUCCUCCCCUUCUUGAGUGGUCCUUCUUCCCCCCCCCCACCCCCUCAGUGGUCCUACCUAUGUAGCGUGGCCUGGCGGCGUGGACCACAGUACAGGAACUUCUGUUUCCUGUACCCGGCCGCCGGCGGACUGAAGGGAAGCGCUCACUGAAACAGAAGUUCCUGUCCCGCGGUCCGCGCCACCCGGCCACACUACAUUGAGUGAUUGGCAGGCGGGAGCCAAUCAGCUACUCACCCUUUUCCCCCGUCAGGCUCCCUUACCUCUCCUCCCCCGCCGUCAGCAUCUUUGUCUGAUGUCACCGGCGCCGAAUGCACAUUCGCGGCACUGCCGCGCGCACAUUCAAAGUGUCUGUAGGAAGGCAUUUUUCAAUGCUUUCCUAUGGACGCUCUGCGUGAUCGAGGCAUAAUAUGCCUCAAUCAUUGCCGAUGCACCUCUAGUGGCUGUCCGGAAGACAGCCACUAGAGGCUGGCUUAACCCCAGAUGUAAACAUAGCAGUUUCUAAGAAACUGCUAUGUUUACAUCAGGCAGGGUUAACCCUAGAGGGACCUGACACCCAGACCACUUCAUUGAGCUGAAGUGGUCUGGGUGACUAUAGUGUCCCUUUAAUAGCUUUCUAGACCCUGCAACAGCCUCCUGUAUGUGAUUAAAGUUUAAUUUACCGAGAAAGAAAUUACAUCUGAUUGAAAGUGAAACCAGUUUUUUUUCAUGCAGGCUGUGUCAAUCAGAACCAGGGGAGGUGUGGCAAGGGCUGCAUAAGCAGAAACAAAGUGAGUUAACUCCUAAAUAGCAGUGAACUGAGCAGUAAAACAUGAGAGGCAUGAUCUAUUCUAUACCCUAAAAUUGCUUCAUUAAGCUAAAGUUAUUUAGGUGACUAUAGUGUUCCUUUAAGGGUGGGAUAUAUUGGGCAGCAAGUUAACAGUCAGCUCUUGAAUUUCAUGUGUUCGAAGCAAGAAAAAUGGGCAAGUGAAAAGAUCUAAGUGACUUUGAUAAGGAUAAAAUAGUGAAGGCUCGACAACUUGGUCAGAGCAUCUCCAAAACAACAAGUCUUCUGCAGUGUUCCCUGUAUGCAGUGACAAGUACCUACCAAAAGUGUUGCAAGGAAGGACAACCAAUGAAACGACAUCAGAGUCAUGGAUGGUCAAGGAUAAUUUAUGGAGAGUAAGGCCUGUCUUGUCUGAUCACACAGAAGUGUGUGAUGCUGAUACAUUAAUGCUGGCCAUGAUAAAAAUAUGUCAGAACACGCAGUGCAUCGUAGUUUGUUUCAUAUGAGGCUGCACAGCUGCAGACCAGUCAAAGUUCCUCUGAUGACCCAGUCCACCGCCAAAAGUGCUUUCAAUGUUGACGUGAGUUUCAGAAGUAGACCAUGGAGCAAUGGAAGAAGGUUGCCUGGUCUAAUGAUCCACAUUUUCUUUUAGAUCAGGUGGAUGGCCUAGUGCAUGUGCAUCAUUUACCUUGGGAAGAGAUGGCAGCAGUAUACACUUUGGGAAAAAGGCAGGCCAGAGACCAUGUUAUUCUGUGGGUAAUGUUCUGCUUGGAAACCCUGGGUCCUGGCAUCCAUGUGGAUUUUACUUUGACAUGUACCACCUACUUUGAGUUUGUUGCAGAACACGUACUCCCCUUCAUGGCAAUGGUAUUUCCGGAUGGCAGUGGCCUCUUUCAGCAGGAAAAUGCAACCUGCUACAUUGCAAAAAUUGUUCAGGAAUGGUUUGAUGAACAUGACAAAGAGUUCAAUGUGUUGCAUUGGCCUCCAAAUACCCAAGAUCUCAAUCCGGUCGAGCAUCUGUGGGAUGUGCUGGAACAACAAAUCCGAUCCAUGGAGGACCCACCUUGCAACUUGCAGGACAUAAAGGAUCUGCUGCUAAUGUCUUGAUACCAGGACACAUUUAGAUGUCUAGUGGAGUACAUGCCUUGAUGCAUCAGAGCUGUUUUGGCAGCACAAAGGGGGACCUACAUGAUAUUAGGCAAGUGGUUUUAAUGUUGUGGUUGAUCAGUGUAUGCUAUGUUUGGAAUGACAAGUUGAGAACAUUUGUGCUUAUCUGCAAAAAUCUAUCAGUGUAUUUGUACAUGACAUCCCAGGAAUGUUCUGCUUCACACUUAUGUUUGUGAAAUCUUAUUAAAGUAUAUCAUCUUAACAUAGCAAAAUAAUAACUGUCUAAAUAUCCGUUUAUGGAUAUAUCAUAUCAAAUGUAAAUAGAGCAAGUCCAGAAAAGGCUUACGUUUAGAUUUACGUUUCAUUGGUUGAGCACCUCACCACCCCACACCAGGUGCCCUAUUGGCAGUGACCAGAAAAAAAGGAGAGCAUUCUGAAGCAUCGUCAUCAAAUUUUUAUUUCUCUAUUUUUUAAAGUUAAAUUACAUUUAAUGAACUUAAUGGUAUUUUUUUUUGUUAAAUUAUGUAUAUUGGAUUUUAUUUUUUUUGUAGAAAAUUUUACUUUUUCUUAUCUGGCUGCUCUGAUGUUGGUUCAUACUCUACUGUUAUCAGACCAACUACUGCCCAACCUAAUUUGCUCUAUGUGAAACUCCUGCAGCAAGCACGUUAGGUUCAGCAGCAACAGUAGAGACUAACCUAACAUGGUUGCUCCACCAGAUAAAAAAAAAACAAAAAAAAAAACCCACUUUGUUUCAUUAAAUGUAAUAAACUUUUAAAAUAUGAGAAUUAAAAAUGUGAUGACAGUUGUCCUUGAUGAAGUAAGUUUUAUAGUUAGCAUGUUUAUUUUCUAUGUUAAUAUUAGUGUAGAACCCGCUGAUAUUGGGACAGUUUGAAAGCAGUGCUUUCUUUUUACCUCUAUUGUCUUUUUCUCUAUCAACUACGUCUGUCAUCUCUGUGUGGUAUUUAUUUUGUUCUUUAAUUCUAUUUCCUUGGAUAUUAUCAGUUUCUUUUUUUUUCCUGUUUAAUAUUUUUCUUUUAUUAUUUUAAAAACAUAACAUAGUAUAUGACAUCAAACAUACACACAUUAAAUAUUACAUUAUUCACGAUAUAUUAACAUACACAAAUAAGCAUCUCUACAUAUAUAGCUUAAUACUAUAUCUGGUUCUUACUUGUGUAUAGAAAAAAACAUUUAGUGUGUCAAUUUAUAAUAUAAUAUACCACACAAAAAAACACUUAACAAUAUUUUCCUGCGAUAAAGACGAGAACUUUGGGGAAUUUCUUAUACCAUUUUAAAUUCAUAUAACCAUUAGUAUACGUUUUAAGUUUAUGUAAGAAGGGUAACUACAUACUUGGCAAAUUAUGUUAAAGGACCACUAUAGUGCCAGGAAAACAUACUCGUUUUCCUGGCACUACAGUGCCCUGAGGGUUCCCCCACCCUCAGGGUCCCCCUCCCGCCGGGCUGGAUGGAGAGGAAGGGGUUAAACUUAUCUCUUUCUCCAGCGCCGGGCAGGGAGCUCUCCUCCUCCUCUCCGCCUCCUCUCCUCCUCUUCGGCUGAAUGCGCAUGUGCGGCAAGAGCUGCUUGCGCAUUCAGCCAGUCUCAUAGGAAAGCAUUUACAAUGCUUUCCUAUGGACGCUGGCGUCUUCUCACUGGGAAAAUCAAGAGACAGCCACUAGAGGCUGGAUUAACUCUAACAUAAACAUAGCAGUUUCUCUGAAACUGCUAUGUUUAUAAAAAAAAGGAUUAACCCUAGCUGGACCUGGCACCCAGACCACUUCAUUAAGCUGAAGUGGUCUGGGUGCCUAUAGUGGUCCUUUAAUAUAUACUUUAAAGUUGUUGUAGCUUACUGAGCCAUUCUUUCAACAUGUUUCCUUCUUUUAUAAGUUUCUUAUGCUACCAGGAGUCUAUUGAAUUAUACUGCUGGUCAAUAUGCAGAAUUCAUAUACCACCACAUGAAAUGAGUUAAUUAAUCAUGCCAGUCACUAUGACAUCCAAAGGGGAAAUAAGUUGUGUUUCAUUUUAGCAAGCUAAGCCAGCGGCUAAAAAUUUGAUUUGGAUGGAAUGAACUCCAUCUAACAUCUUCCGGGAAUGAAAUUGCUUCUUUAGUCAUCAUCAUCUAAAGGUCUCUUAGAAACAAUGUUAAGACAUAACCCAUUUUACAGACAACAUGGCGAGCUCUGUUAAAUGCCUAAUUAAAUUGUAUCACUCACUUUGUCCUUGGUUUAAUUAUUUCGGAAAUAAUAUCACUCCAAAGGAUGUUAUGCAGCAUUGCAAUUUGAAAACAUGAUAUGCUUGCAAAUAAGGGAGAUUUCAUUCACUACAAACCACGUCACACAUCCUAAUAAAUAUGGGCAAAUGCUUCUAAAGGUGGAUAGAAAGAGUAUAUUAAUGCCUGCACUUAGGAAUCCUCUAAAGCUGGAAGUCUGCGUAAUAAAACUCUGACUAAUAGAAAGGUACGUGCCUUGGCUCAAAGCCUAAAAUAUACAUUUUAUUAAUUAAAAUAAAUGAAUCAAUAUUAGUGAUGGUUGUUUAGUAUACAAGGAACGUAGUUUAAAGGGUAGUAAAUUUUAAGUUUUCUCACCCAUCAGGUGAUUUCUCUACUGAAAGAAACAGAAUAUAUAUUAAGCUACGCUCAAAAAGUUUAAUUAUGAAAAUAUUUUGAUUGGUAUGUAAUAAUACAUACAUCAGGAUUUUAUAAUAUUACGUGGUUGGGCAAUAAAGUAUUUAGAUAUAUAAAAAAAAAUCUUAUCUGGGUAUUAGUAUCCUGAUUCAGAUGUGAAAUAAUAGAGUACUUCAUGAGAUUUUAAUAAUGUUUUUAUUGCACUGACAGAACUUUGGAAUAAGCUUUAUGGGAAUUCCACUGAUCCAGGAAAGGUCUUUUGAAAACUUUUUAUUUUCAAACUUUUGCUAACCAAAUAAAAAAGUUUAAAUUAAGGCUUCAAUGUUCUAAUUCCUCUGUAUUUUGAAUAGAAAUAUAGGGCAAACAGGAAUAACUAGGAGGUAGAUGUAUCAUAUCAGGGUCCCAUAUCACAUGGUCCUGAAGAAGAGUGGAGAAGAAUUAGAGUACAAGGACUUAAAGGAACACUCUGGGUACCAUAAGAACAUUAUCAAAAUGAAAAGAUGGUGCUGGUUUACCUCUGUGGUUAUACUGUACACAAACUAUUUAACCCCAAAGUCUGUCUGCAGUGGCGGUAUUUUCUGAUCCCUGUCAUUACUAUUUCUGAAAUUCUUCACGGAAGGCUCGGACAGCAUUGAGCAUGGUCACUGCUCAUUGGCUUGGAGCAUUCAGAUGAUGCUCUAAACCAAUCUAUAGCUCCUCAUUCAUAAAAUUCUAAAAAGGUACGUACAUUUCCGUAACUGUUCUGACCUCAGUUCACAAUCGUUCCUGGAACCAUUACCACAUUCAUAAAGGUAUUUCUCCUAAGUAUUCAACUCAUGGUAAACUCAGUUCCUUUUUCCAAUGUUUCAAAGACCUUGUGUCCACUAAAGUUCUCACAGAUCUUCUCUCAAUUGCUCAAACUUCAGUAUACUUCACCACUGUUACUCUUACUCCUCCACUCUGGAACUUCAAACCUGUGCUUGUUCAUCCCCACAUGAUUUGCAUUCCCUACUGUGCACCACAGGUCUCCUGCCCCUAUAUGGGUACUUACUUUAUGCCUUCUCCAUAUUGCAGGAGACCCCUGAAGGAGGCUAUAAAUAUUACAUGCCAUUAUUUCCUGUGUUACUCUUUUUAGUUUCCCUUAUCAAAGUCAACUCCAUUGUAUAUGGACUCAAGAGUCAUAGUCUAUACCAAGAAUUCAGUUUAAACUGCUUUAAUUACUAUGUGCUCCAGUUAUUGCAUCAUCAUCACCACCAAGAAUCGUGAAACCUACAAGAAGGUGACAUUGGCUCAAAGGGCCCCUACAAAGUAGCUGUCACUAAGAUUUAUUGCGAUCCCUUAGUUUUGGCACCAUUCCUUCAUUAGGGGAAUACAAGGGUGACCGCAUGAGGACAUCCUUGUAUUCCACCAGCAGGAGGCAAUAAAAGAGCAGGAGAAGGUUCAGAAUGACAUAACAAUGGUAGACACUAACAUUUGUUGAAAUAAUACUUUGCUUUAUAAUGGUUUAAUUAGAAAAGUGAUUACCUAAAAAACUUUGAAAAUCUUGUGCCUUCUCUGCUCUGAAGACUAUCAUUAUGUCCCAGGAAUAGAAAUGGGACAUACACGCAGGAAAUGUGAAUCUCAAACAGGAGGAACAGAAAUAGACGUAUAACCAGAACUUAGAGUGGCCAGAUUUCACGUAAUAAAAAAAGAGAGAGGCAAAGAAACCCAUCCAAGGUCAGGAUAGUCGGAAAAUGGAUGACAAACCGGGUCAGGAUCACAGAGGUACUCAAAUUCCUACAAACAAGCUGAGGUCAAUACCAGAAAAUACAAAGAAGAUUUAAGGAACGCACUACUCUAGAACCAAUAUAAAAAGCAUGAUCGGGCACUGAACUAAGGUCAAAACAGGUUUAAAUAAGGUUACUUGGGCUCUGAUUAGUUCAGAAAAGUGCGGAAAUGAAGUCGCCUGGGUGACAUGAACAACUCCGACCAUGAAGGGACAUUCUGCGAACUUUCUAACGUAAGGAAGCGCCAUUAAAGCGGGCAGCUUCCAAUUGCUAUGCGGAAGCAGGACGCAAGACAAUCAAUGUGCGCAGCCUGCAAGGAACACUUAGUCGGAUGCGUUGAUCGAAUUACCAUCACACAAUAAAACACAGGUACUUAAAAAAUAUUUAGCAUUUCUGUUUAUUCUGAAAACAGUUUUGUCAUACAAAUGGUUGUCAGUAAUAUUCGUUAUACUAAAAGUUUUAAAUUUUGUACCCAACUAUUAAUGAAUUAUUAACUUAUUUAGAAGGUUUACUCGUAAAUCGUUGAUUAGUGGGCGUGGCAGCUGUCUGGCACUGAAUGUGCUAAAGCAAUGAUUUAUAUUUCGGUUCUGUAAACAUACGCACGUUCUUAUAUUUCAGUGUUUAAUUAAUCCAAUAUUGCAACAGAUGGAAACUUGUAACCUACAGCUAAUACAGAAAGAGGUAUCUGUUGCUAGAGUGUAGCCAGCUGUCAGUGGGCGUUCGAGCGGGUACUUGCCCAUAAAACUGAUAGCGAUUCAUCUCUGUAGACCACCAAACAUUGGGGGCGAUGCCACAUAAGUUCCAAGUUACAGUCAUGCCAAGUUGGCAUUGUCUCAUAUUGAACAUCGGAAAGCUAAAAAGCAUGCAACAGGUUCCAAAUCUGUUGCAAAUAGCGCAGUCAGCAACUACAUGAUUAGUUGAGACAUUAGCAGCCAGAUUGACAAGCUCUAGUUAAAUAGAACAAGCAUUCAACACAGCGGACUUCACACAGCUCAGUAUAUUUUCCAUGCUGACAUAUGUCAAUGCCUAAACACAAACAGUUUUUACUGGCUGUCAGAUCAUGUUUAAUAUCCCAAAUCCAGAAGCCAAUGAACUAUGAAAAGAGGGAAUUAGUUGAUUUGUGGAAGGUUAACCUCAGGACAUAAGGGAUGGAAAUUAAAACCGAAGGAGAAGAUUUGUGCUUGGAAAUUAGAACAUUAUAGACGAAGUAGGAUAACAUGUUUAACUACUUUUUAUUAUUGCCUGUAAUUCAGGUAAAAAGGGAUAUAGUAUCACUUACAAAAAAAUAACAUUAUUAAAUGCAUUAUCGUUUAUAUAGAACAUGUUAAUAUAUAUAUUAUGCAAAUAUAUUUGUUCAUUUAAAUGUACAAAUAUCACACUAUGAUAAUUUGAUUAGUAAAUUAUUACUAUUAUUAUCAUAGUGUGAUAUUUGUACAUUUAAAUGAACAAAUAUAUUUGCAUAAUACCACUAAACUUGUUGUGAGUAGUAAAAAUGUCAUUUUUUUCUAAUAUCCUGUCUUAGAGUGCAACCUUCUACAACCUUCAGGUCUUUGAAUUAGACAUAAUGGGAGUUAUAUAUAAAAACUGUCCCUUUCGUUUUUACAUUUACUUUAGCUUUGUGCACACUUUUUCCAGGGCCGGCUUUAGGGGUGUGAGAGCUGUGCGGCCGCACUGGGCGCCAUGGAGCAGGGGGCGCUCUGCGGCCGACACAGCUCACACAUGGCCAGCCGGAAUAAAAAAAAAAAAAGGAGCUUACCUAAGCUUACCGUGCGACGGGGGCGGAGCUUACCGUGCGACGGGGGCAGAGCUAAACACCAGAUAACUGCUAUAGGGGAAGCAGGAAGGAGUCCCUGCUUCCCCACCAAAUAGUCUCCAGGAGCUGCGCUGCUUCCACAAUGAACAGAGGUAACUGAGUGAUUGUCAGUGUGAGUGUGACUGACUGUCUGUAUGUGUAUGACUGCCUGUGUGUGUGUGUGUGUGACUGUCUGUGUGUGUGUGUAUGAAUGUCUGCCUGUGUGUGUGUGUGUGUGUGUGUGUCUGUGUGUAUGACUAUCUGCCUGUGUGUGUGUGUAUGACUGCCUGUGUGUGUGUCUCUGUGUGUGUGUGUGUCUGUGUGUGUAUGACUGUCUGCCUGUGUGUCUGUGUGUGUGUGACUGCCUGUGUGUGUGUGUGACUAUCUGCCUGUGUGUGUGUGACUUUCUGCCUGUGUGUGUGUGUCUGUGUGUAUGACUGUGUGUCUGUGUGUGUAUGACUGUCUGCAUGUGUGUGUGUCUGUGUGUGUGUAUGACUGUCUGCCUGUGUGUGUGCUGCUGUCACUUCCUCCCAGCUUUCCCUGUGGAUAGGAAGGGACCCAGUCGCGCUGUUAAAACGCCACAGCGCAUGACCGGGCCCCUCAUUGCAUAUGUCCAUUGGGUGGUCCUAAGGGCAUGAGCCACCAGAUGGACCUUCACACAAGUUUCCAACCCGUGCGGUGCAGCUGCACUGCCGCCACGGGUAAGGGACUCCUGUUUUAGAUGAUGAUGACUGUCUUUGUGCCGCCUGGAGCCUUGGCUCCACAGCGGUCUAUGGAUGGGCUGGCCCUCCACCCACAGACUGCUGUAUACACAAACGCAGACUGCUGAAUACAUACAGACUGCUGAAUACGCAAACACAGACUGCUGAAUAUAUACACAGACACAGCCUGCUGAAAACACACAGACACAGACUUCUAAAUACACACACAGCCUGCUAAAUAUAUACCUACCUGAGCAAAAUGCUCUCCUCGGAUGUUCCCACCUCCUAUAACCUCCGAUCCAGUACCAGCACUUUAUUUAGUCUACCUCAAUACAAAAAUAAAGCAGCCCGAUCCUCCUUCUUCUACAGAGCGCUGCAACCUCCCGCACACUUUAAAAUCUUCCCCAAACCUAAAGUCCUUUAAGAGAUCCCUCUUUACAUACCUCAAAACAGAAUGCACGUGUCAUGGUUGAUUAUAUAUUUCCUACCUGUUCUAUGUUAAAUUUUGUAUAUAUUGUGUAUUAAUAUUGUUUUUGUAUUUUAUUGUACCAUAAUGUAUCAAUGCAAUGUUUUGUGGACACAGGACAUACUUGAAAACGAGAGAAAUCUCAAUGUAUCUUUCUGGUAAAAUAUUUUAUGAAUAAAUACUAUACACAGACUGCUGAAUACAUACAGACUGCUGAAUACACAAACAUAGACUGCUGAAUGUAUACACAGACUGCUGAAUACUAACACACACACACACACACAGACUGUUGAUUACACACAGUCUGCUGAAUAUAAACAUGCACACACAUUACUGCUCUCAGGUCCUGUUGUCAUGCUUUACCUUGUUUUGUAGCUCCCUUCCCACUCCUCCCACACAGACUCUAUUAGUGGAGAGGGCAGAGACAUGCUGCAACAUCCCAUCUGAGCCCUCUCCACAUAGCCAAGCACCAACAUGUUUUCCUAGCAUGGCCUGAGAACACUGCACACCCUGGUGGCUGGUGCCAUUAUUGCAGCACAUUAUUUUUUUUUGCAAUACUGGCAUUUUUCAAUGGCCACACAGCAUCAAAUACCGGUAUUUGUAUUGUCACAAUUUUUGUAAUAACGGCACCGGCCACACAGCAUCUAAUACCAGCUAUGCUGGUAAAAUACCAGCCAGGUGGCAACCCCAGCAGCACAGGAGGAUGAGCUGUUGGGAACUCUUGUGUAGCAUUAAAACAAAGCAAAAAAAUACUUACGUACAAAAACUGCAUGAAAAUAAAAUACUGCAAGGAUGGUAAAAUUGUGGAUUUCCUGCUGUUGGAGACAUACAUACAUGUAAAUCUACCUUUUGCCCACCCUUGCGCUGGGGGGGGGGAGGGGGACACAAAAAAAGGUCUUACACCAGGACCCUUUCUAAAUUUGUUCAACCAAUGUCUUAACACUUAACAGUAACCCAUAUGCUACACUAACAAGAUCACUAAAUAUUAACAGUUUACAAUACAACACUGCAAUAUGUAUAGCUGACUAUGAACAUCAAACAUAUAUCAAAUCAAACAUGUCUCUACUGAGUAAAACAUUUAUAUAAAGUUUGUGGUAGACAACAACCAGGAUCUUUAAGAGACACUCAAUACACAUAAAGCAUUUCAGUUUUUCACAUUAAGCGGCAGAUUCAGACAGCCAGGGAGGUUUUCUUCACCAAGCUAACGAAAGAGGCAGGUGAGCCAUGCUAGCUCGCAAAUGAAUGUCACACAGCUCACCUAGAGCUAUGGAAAUCUGUGAUCAUGUGCACGUGAGCUUGAGGCUCUAGCACAGAAACUUCUAAAUAAAACCUAUGCUGCGGAAAAAGAAGAGGGCUUUCAAAGACUGCAGACAAUAGAUCUGCAGCUUUUGCAACUUGUCUUUAGAUAUACCAAUAAAAGAACGCAGAAAUAAAUGCAUGCAUGUUUUCAAUGGGGGUAUAUCUACUAAGUUGUAAAAUAAUAUAUAUUUUUUCCAAUGUGGUGUUCCUUUAAGCCUAAUUACCACUGUCAUAUAUUUUUGUCAGAAUCAGUGGCGCAUCCAGGGGGGGGGGGGGCAACGGGGCAAUUGCCCCCCCCCCAAGAUUCUCCCCUGCCGGCAAAUGCAGGGCUGGCAUUGUCCAAGUGCCAGCCCUGCAAUGUGCCUGCGGACAGGGGAGAUCAGAGAUCUCCCUCCCCGGUCUGCAGGCACCUUGCUGACAGCCGGCAGGAAGGGAGGGAGAGGGAGGGAGAGAGAACCCAGGUGCUCAGCCUGCAGCUCCUCCGGGUCCUCCUCUUGCGAGUGUUUUGGAUCAAAGAAAACUUUGAUUAUUUGUCUAUCUACACCUUCCAAAUUGAUUAAUUAAUGCGUGCACGCUUUCCCUAGAAGUAAUUCACACCGGAGACAAAGUUUCUGAUCAGUGAAAAACCCAGGAAUGCUUUAUUCCCCGGAGUGGGGGCUCCUUCUUAAAGCAAAAAUACGUCACAGUUUAAACAUACAGUAUACAUUCACCAAUUGGUUAACAGAGAAAGGGGGCUCUUGUUUAAACCCCCCUACAGAAUGGAGCCUUUUAAGGUGCCAUUCAUGCCAUUCAUGCCAUUCAUGUAGUGUCAUCAUUACACACUUUUGGAUACACGAUGGGAGGGGGAGUGAGUGGUAUCUAUCAGUUCUAAACCAAUGAUCCUCCAUUUAGCUAUAUAUGGCAUAUAGCUGUUAACUGGCACAAAGGUAGUGGGGGAGGAGUUAUCACAGGAAUUUUGGUUACACAAGGUUUUAUUGAUUUGAAGGGGGGAGGGGAGGCUAGCAGGAUGUGAGGAAUUUACAUAGUAAACAGCAGCUGACCACAUUGUAGGGGGGGAAGGGAAUAUUUACUCUAGAAGCCAGUUUUAACAUAGUGAACAGAGAAUAAAUAGACAUUAGUAAAUAGCCAUUUUAUUUUAAUUCAUCUGUCCAUAACAGGAGCAUGGAGCAUUGCUGCGGUAACCACGGCAACGCUCCAAAUCUCGCGAGAGUGAACUCUAGCCCUGGAGCGCGGGCUAGAGUUCACUCUCACUGCUGGGACCACCAAUGAAUCCCCCACCGGACCACCAGGGACUAAGAAAUGUCCCCCCUCCUCCCAGUAAAGGUAAGAAGGGAGGGGGGACAUAAAGUACAUUAAUUUUAUUAAAUAAAAAAAAUAUAUAUUAAAAAGCCUCCUUCCCCCCCAUACAAACACUGCCCCCAUACACACACCGCCCCACAAACACUUGACCCCCAUACACACACUACACACACUGCCCUACAAACACUGCCCCCCAUACACACACUACACAUACUGCCCCCCAUACACACACUACAAACACUGCCCCCCAUACACACACUGCCCCAAACACACACACUGCAACUCUCACACACACUGCCACCCUCACAUACACACCGCACCGCUCACACACACACACACACACACUGCAGCUCUCUCACGCACACACUGCCCCACACAUACACUGCCCCCUAACACACACACUGCAACCCUGACCUACACUGCCGCCAUCACGCACUCGCACAUACAUACACUGCACCUUUCACACACACUGCACCCCUAACACAUACCAAUGCUCCUAUGCCCUAUAUCCCAGCAGACCCCAGGUAAGUUGUCAAACUGUUCUUAAACGUUUUGACUACUUACUCUGGGAUGGGAUCCUGGCACUACUGGCGCCAUAACUACUACACUGAGCUGUAGUGGUUAUUGUGCCUGGAUUAUUUCUUUAAAUAAUCUACAAGUGCCCCUCCCAAGAUCAGGCUCUGGAUCCGCCACUGGUCAGAAUGCAUCUAGCCUGAUUUUUAUAAGGUAGUUGAUAGUAAGAGGUGGUGGUGACCGGAUGUGAUGAAAACACUAUCAGGGUCAGUCAAAAAACAGCAAUUGUGGAUAACAACAGAUAAUUUAAAAUUUUAGCUCAGAAGAGCAAAUUGUAAGUAUUCUUCAACAUUUGUUUGUUUCCAGCUCAGCUCAAUUUAGUGAAUAUGAAGUUGUUAUUUACUUUUGGGUGAUGUUGCUAUAGAUACAUCACUGUUAUGCAGAUAAACAGAUAGUUAAUGCAGUUCGAAGUGAUGUUUGAUGUAUUUGAAUUAUGAAUAUCACAACAAUAAACAGACACUUUUAAGCAUCUCGAUUGGCAAAAAAGAAUUGUUGUGUAAUUUGACACAUUAUCCUUCUAGAUAUGUUAUAAAAAAUAAUGAAUAAAAUCAUUUAAUCAUUUCAAUGAGUCUCAUUCAUUUUAAAACAUUAGAUGAGGCAUCUCGAAACUUUAUCGGAAAAUAGUCCUAUUUAGAAUCUAAGAAUCUUCAUGGCACAUCGGUCUGCAGACCAUUUUUGACCAUUUCUUUUAAUAUCGUUUUUCUGAAUUUGAUAAAUUGAACAGUCUGACAUCCAAAAAUACCCAGCUUUCAGUUAGAAAGUCUGCCGAGGUCUGAAAUGCUUGAUAAAUUGUUAGCUUUGUAUCUUUCUGUCGUACAUUGCCCAAUUCUAUAAAAGGAGCAGAGACAACAUGUAAUAUAAUAUGUUUCUGAAGUAUACUGCUGCUAGCCAGUACAAUAUAUUAUCAUUCAUAGUGUAUGGAAUAUAUAAUAAUGAUAUCAACACACAUAUGACAUACAAAUGGUGAUUUCACACAUUUACAAAUAGCUGUUUUUUUUCCUCUGCGAUUUAUAUACUAAAUUGUUAGUUUACCAUACUUUUCUGUAAUAACUAUGCGCCCCAUAUUAAAAUGUACACUGGUCAGCCACAACAUUAAAAUCACAGAGAGGUGAAGUGAAUAACAUUGAUUAUAUAGUUACAAUGGCACCUGUCAAGGGGUGGGAUAUACUAGGCAGCAUUUCUUAAAUGUCAUGUGUUAGAAGCAGGAAAAAUGGGUCGAAAGAUCUGAGUGACUUUGACAAGGGCUAAAUAGUAAUGGCUUGAUGACUGGGUCAGAGCAUCUCCAAAACAGCAAGUCUUGUGGGGUGUUCACAGUAUGCAGUGGUUAGUACCCACAAAAAAUGGUGCAAUGAAUGACAACCGGUGUACUUGUGUCAGGAUCAUGGGCGCUCAAGGCUCAUUGAUGAAGGUUGAGAGUGAAGGCUAGCCUAUCUGAUCACACAAAAGAGCUACUGUAGCUCAAAUUACUGUAAACCUUGGCAACCUUGGGUUCAGUCAUGUGGAUGUUACUUUGACACGUACCACCUACCCAGAAAUUGUUGCAGACCAGUUAUGGAGACCCCAUCUAACAACUUGCAGGACUUAUAGGAUCUGCUGCUAAUGUCUUGGUGCCAGAUACCACAGGACACAUUCAGAGGUCUUGUGGAGUCCAUGCAUCAAUGCAUCAGAGCUGUUUUGGCAGCACAAGGGGACCUACAUGAUAUUAGGUAGGUGGUUUUAAUGUUGUGGCUGAUUAAAUAUAUAUUCAUAUACAUACACGUACAUACCCAUACUAUUUACCAAUAAUGAUAUUACACUUUGCGUGUCAUUUGAAAAUGCUAUUCCUUCAUGUGGGUAGUUUUACCUGGUACAGAUAUUAUUGACCAACAUAUUUCUCCGAGAUCAGUGAAAACAUUCUAUAUUAGUGGAGGCAGGGAACUGUGCCCGGGAAACACCACGUAAGAAGUAAAACUAUUUUCCUUUUGAUUCACAAAACACAGAAUUUUAGUGAGUUGAAAACAAAAUUUCAAAACUUAUAUAAAAAGUGCUGAUUUGUAAAAAUUCUAAAAGUUUUUAAUCAUAGCCAACAUCCCUCCGAACAUUAUGGUAAAUGUAACCGAGCAAACAGUAGAAGAGACAAUCUUUAUUUAACACACCUGGUCUUAGAAACUGUUACAGUAAUGCACAAUCAGUACUCUCUCUAAAACAUGUUUUUCAGGGGUUGUGAUUCAUAUAAACACAGUGGAACCUCGGAACUCGAACGGUCGAACAAAUCUGAAGUCAAACUAAAAUUUUGAGUAAAAAAUGUUUCGGUAUGUGAACGUUCCUCUGUACCCGAAUACAUCACGCGACAUUCACCUCUAUGGUAAUCUCGGUAGUAAACACGUUGGUACCUCAUUAGUAUAACACAUUGCCAUUCCAUUCUGUUAGGUCUCUUCUCUAAGCAAACAGCUCCAUUUUGUCAGCAAACAGCUCCAUUCUGUCAGCAGAGCUUGAUUCUGUCAGCAAAAACUCCAUUCUGUCAGCAAACAGCUCCAUUCUGUUAGCAAAAGCUCCAUUCAGUCAGCAGAGCUCCAUUUAGACUUCAAAUAGAGUUCUAUUCAGUCUUUAGAGUUCAACUCAGUCCUCAGAUAGAAUUCAAUCAGUCAGCAAACGGCUCCAGUCAGUCUUCAAAUAGAGUUUUAUUCAGUCUUCAAAUAGAGUUGAAAUCUGUCAGCAAACAGCUCCAUUCUGCCAGUAAAAGCUCCGUCCAGUCAGCAGAGCUCCAUCCAGUCAGCAGAGCUCCAUUCAGUCGGCAGAGCUACAUUUGGUCUUCAAAUACAGUUCUAUUCAGUCUUCAAAUAGAGUUCAAUGCAGUCUUCAAAUAGAGCUCCAUUCUGACAGCAAAAGCUCCAUCCAGUCAGCAGAGCUCCAUUCUGUCAGCAGGGCUCCAUUCAGUCUUCAAAUAGAGUUCAAUUCAGUCUUCAAAAAGAGUUGCAUCCAGUCUUAAAUAAAUGUCAUUAAGUCUUCACACAGAGCUCCAUUCAGUCUGCAAAAACUCACCAUGGGUCCCAAGGAUCUUAGCAAACCGAACAGGAGAAUUGUGAGAAUGAAAAUAGAGUUGAAGAAAGAAAAUUAUUUUAAAACCUGAAAGUGGUGUCCGUGUCUCUGAUCUAGCAACACAGUUUGGCAUGGCCAAAUCUACAAUUUGUACCAUAUUAAAAAAUCCAAUGUUGCUAGAGGGGUGAACGCAAUUAUAAAACAAAGAAGCCAUACACUAGAAGAAGUAGAAAAAUUGUUAUUGAUAUGGAUAAAUGAAACACAGUUAGCCGGUGAUAGCAAUAAUUUGUGAAAAAGAAAGACAUUUGCAUGGCAAUCUUGUGAAAAACACUCCUGAAACGAGUGCUGAGAGUGAGGUUUGUUUGAAAAGUUUAAAAGGAGAAGUGGCAUACACUGUGUGGUGAGACAUGAUGAAUCUUCCAGUGCUAACAAAGAUGGGGCUGAAAAUGUUGUUGCUGAAAUUAGAGUCUAUGUAGAUGUUGAGGAAUUUGUUCCCCAACAAAUGUUUAACUGUGAUGAGACAGGCCUGUUUUGGAAGGAAAUGCCAAAGAGGACCUACAUAACAAAGGAGGAGAAAUCAUUGCCAGGACACAAGCCAAUGAAGGACAGGCUAACCCUGUUGUUGGGUGUGAAUGCAAGUGUGGAUUUUAAAUUGAAGACUUUGCUAGUCUACCACUCGGAGAACCCGAGGGUAUUUAAGAAAAAACAUGUCCUGAAAAGCAAAUUGCAGGUGAUGUGAAGGGCUAACAGCAAAGCUUGGGUAACCAGGCAAUUGUUUAUUGAGUUGGUUCAUGAGGUGUUUGGGCCAAGUGUUAAAAAUACCUACAAGAAAAAAAACCUACCUGUCAAGGCUCUGCUUCUUAUGGAUAAUGCUCUUGCUCACCCUCCAGGAUUAGAGGACAAAUUGAUGGAGGAGUUCAUUUUUAUUACUGUGAUGUUUUUGCCCCCCCCAAUACAACCCAAUACACAGGCUGUCCCUGAAAGAGUCUAUGACGGUAUUGAACAGGAUGCUCCUGUUGUUGAAAGAAAUUGUGUCUCUGUGGAAAUCAAUGGGCUUGGAGGUGAAUGAUGUGGAGGAUCACUAGAACAAACUCACCACAGAAGAACUCCAAGAUCUUCAGAGGGAGCAGCAAAAUAGGUCAUCUGAGGAAUUGUCUUCAGAGGAGGAGGAGGAGGAGGGAAGGGAAAAUGUCCCUACUGCACUGAUCAAAGAAAUGUGUGCGAAGUGGGUUGAAGUGCAAAAUUUUGUUGAAAAAUAUCACACUGAUAAAGCUGCUGCAAGUCAUGCCACAAACAUGUUCAAUGAUAAUGCUAUGUCUCACUUUAGAAACAUAGGCAACAGCAAGUCUCAAUAGACAAAUUUGUAGCGAAGAAAAGAUCCAGUGAGCCUCAAUCAGGUUUCAGUGGUGUGAAACGAUUUAGGGAAAGAACGCCAGAACAGUUAGUACCUAUUGUAAUUACAGAAGGCGACUUCCCAUCCAGACAAUGAUAGGUCUUCUCCUUUCCACGUACACCAUCAUUUCUCAUCAUUACAAGUAAAGUGUAGUGACAUUUUCAUUUCAUUUACUGUACGUUGUGUUUAUUAUUUUAUUUCUAUAUGGUUUUAUGCAUGUAAGGCAUUAUUAAACAGUAAAAUUUGUGUUAAAAUGCUGUAAUUUUGGGGGUCUGGAACAGAUUAAUCAAAUUUACAUUAAUUCCUAUGGGAAAUGUUGAUUCAGUUCUCUAACAAAUCGAAACUCGAACAGCCUUCUGGAACAGAUUAAGUUUGAGUUCCAAGGUUCCACUGUAUACAGAAACACUACAAUUGCACAAAAAGAAAAGAGUUCUGGGCUGCCUAAAUCACGUAUGCUGGUGUGCUCACACAAUAAAAAAAAAAUCUCUGCAUGUGCAGUGUUUCACGCUGAAACACUGCACAUCCAGACUCCAACCACCAUGACCACUUAAAAAAAGCAGAAGUGGUCAUGGUGGUUGGAGUAACCCUUUACUAAGCCUUGUGCUUACUAAAUGCAGUCCAUUUCUAUAACAAAAUAUAUAUUUUGAAGAAUUUAUUUAAUCUAAAAAAAAUGAAUGCAGGCAUUGAUAUAAAUAUGCAAUUGGUAUACCCCGUACUUAACAAAUUGGCUAAAAUAUACUCUUUUUUAAAAAUCAGUUUAACUUGCUAACAGUCUUGCAGAUAAAUUGAAAAUUGUUAAAAUUGCUGACAUGUAACAACCAAUUCUUCAUUGAAAGUUAACGGGAUUAACGGUCACUUUAUCUUCUAAAUCUAUUGGCAUGGACGCCCUCAACAGAAUUUGACAUCUCAUCUAUUCACUUCUCUAAAAAAAAAAAAAAUUCACAUUUCAUGCUUUCUACGUCAAAACAGGUAGAGGUCCAUAAAUCACCUGUCUUAUUGCCUUGGUCAUCUCAAACAAGACUUGACCCUUUGUUAACUCGUGAUUUAUAAUCGGGGCUGUUUUUUUUUAAUUCACAUCAAACUUGCCACGCCACAUUUGCUGCAGUACUGUAACCACUUUUCAAAAAGGCCCACGAGACAGUAAAUUUAUUGUCUAUGAACUGUGAAGAAUUACAUCAAGCAAAGUGUUUUGCAUUUACAACUCACGGGCAAUGGAUCUAUUGGCUUAUCAUUAUUCUUUUUAGAUGGUGUGCUAGAGAGUGAUGUAGGCUAUGACGUAAUGAAACUGUAUAUAAGUGGAGAAUUUUAAUCGAGAAGACACUUUUGUUUAGGAACAGAUUGUGAUAAUACCCAGGUCUAAGAAGCAGACUCCUAUUCCCGUCCAGCAACCAUGCAUCAGCUUACAUUUUUCUGUUUUAUGCUUGCCAGCUUUUCCUCUCCUCUAAUGUCACAUCCAAUAAUUGACUCUAGUGAGGUCUCAUAUCAAUUGCCAGGUAAGAGAAACUUCAUUGUUUUUUUUUGUUUGUUUGUUUUUUUGUCCUUUCCUGAAAUACCAAAUUAGAUUUUAUUUUAAAUGUAUUGUAUAGGUUUAAUUUUACUUACUUGACUUCAAAGAGAAUCAAGGGCAUUACUUUGCAAUCCAUUCAUUCAAGAUAUUGAUUUAAUCCAUUAAUUUGUGGUUUUCGGAUGCAUUGUCAUUGAGUUAUCAGGGAAAUUGCAUAUUCUGUUUUAAUGCUUAUGAUUAAAUGCUAGAUUUACUAAUUCAGGUUUAAAUGUAGAUAAAAGACAAAGACAAAUGUAUUUGCUGAAAUUAGAACAAUUGUUCAUCUAGAAAUUACACCAUUGAAUAAAACAUUUGGAAUCACAUAUUACUUUAGUUAACAUUUUUUUUCCAGGCGAUGCUGUAUUUUAUUUAAAUUUAAAAGUCUAUCAAAUUAUAUAACAAUCCAAUUCAGUCCAGACACAGGAAAAUGAAGAGGAAAAAUAUAAACAUUGUUUCAUUUCUCUUCUUUUCUGUAUGGUUUUACAAUACUGUUUGCUAGAUGAAAAGGAUAUAGUUUAUAAAAAUGAUUAAUAGAGAGCAAAGAUGGAGGCACACAGUGGCACGAUAAAGAGGUGGUAAUUUAGACAUUUAAUUUUAUUUUUCACACCUUACAAUACAUGUUUGUUAAAUAUAGGUAUAAGUAAACAUAAAAUGAAAAAUGCCACUUUCCCUUUAACACUUUCCAAUUUACAAAGUAUAGGACUUUAUUACUAUCAGACAGGUUUUGUUUCCCAAUAUUACAUAAUUAUUGAAUCCACUAUGCAGCCUUAUCCCCCAAAAAAUAAAUAAAUCAUGUAAUGAGACUUUUAUAUAUUUAAACAUAAAAACACUUUUUGAGUACCUAGGAGUAUGGUAGCAAUAUAUCACUCAUUUUUAUUACUCAUUAGAACCAAAACUUAAAACAUUACAUUUUUUACUUAGAUAUAGUACGUUGUUUUGUGAGUGCUAUCUUUACUACCUUGAUAUCCUGUUUUACAUAUUUUAGCAGUAAUUAAAUUCUGAUGUGAAAAUGUUGAAAUAAGGCAACCAGUUAAAAUGUAUUAUCCAUAAAUAUUAACCUUACAAAGAUUUGUUAUAUUAAAUUGUUUAUUAUACAAAUGGAUAAUCUAUGAUAUGCAUUUAUUUAUAGAGUGACAAUAUAUUCUGAGGGAUGGUGUUACCGACAGAACACUUUUUAACCUUUAAUGUAUGUAAUUAGUAUUAGGAAAUUUCAGGUCAUUUUAUUAAGAUAUAGUUAUGAGAUUGGGUUUAUUAACUUGAAAUUGGAUUUUCUUUCAUUGUUGUUACAUUUUAACAUUUACAGCAGCUCUCGUCACUUCACUGUUUGUUGAUCCCCUUGGCUGGACUGAAAACAUAUAACUUUAGGCACAGAUAAAACUAUACCUUUCGGGCACAGUGUGCGUUGAAAUCUCACAAUUUAUUUUUUUUAUUUUUAAUAAUUUUUUUAUGUGUGAUCAAGGGUACGAAUAACAAAGAGUUGUGUUUCAGACAGACAGUUUUAUAACAUUUUUUGUUUUUCUAAAUGAUCUCAGUAGUCUAAGUGGAAAAGCUUCAGUAAACUUGGAGCAAAUAGUGAAGGUCUUUUUUUACAUAUUAAAAAUGAUAUUAACUAUUCCACCAAUGUAGCUCCAAAUUGGCUAGUUACACAAACUCUUACUGUCCUUUUAGGAGAUUUCAACAACACUAACAUCAAUAUUUGCGCCUUUUUCCCCAAUAAAAAGUAACACUACUAGCGGAGAACCUAAAUUCUUAAAUGAUUAAAACAAUUAUUAAUCUUAAUUAAUUCAUUGAUUUAUUUUUCACUUUUUUUUUUGUCUCCAUCUAGACUCAAAGUUGGACUUUGGAGAAUUAAAUAAUUUCGAUCAGACAUAUUUACUGCAGAAUCUCCCAGCAUUUCUAGGCAAGCAUCGUUUGGGGGAAGAUAGAGAUGAUUUUUUCAGUAAAGAAGGUAAAUAAGAAAUGUAUCAUAACAUAACAUAGGAAUUGUAUAUCGAUGACAAAGAUAACACCAUGUUCAACUAUAAUUUUAUUAACCAUUGUUAUUUUCAAACAAAUGUAGUGUAAACAAUUUGGGUACACCAACAAUACCAACGAAAAAUAAAGGUUUUGUUGGGGUUCUUUUUUUUUUGCUGAUCUGGGAGUUUAAUUGACCAUGUCUUAAAGGACAAUUUAGGAACAUUGCUUCUUUUGGUCUAAAAUUUGUAAAUUCAAUGUCAGUAUUCUACAAUAAUUCACAGAUUAACAAAUAAACCUCAAGUGUGUUUUUCAUUCCUUAUAAGGUUGGUAGCAAGUGCACGAAUUUAGCAGAAUAUGAGAAAAUUGAAUUAAAGGAUUUACCAAAAGCACGAUUAACAUUAGCGUCCUUAAAAAUCUACUGAUUUUUUUUAAAUAGGAAGUAUCACCAUUAACUGUACAGUAUGUACUGCUUUAUGUGCCACAAGAUAUUAAGGGACAUUUUUAAUGAGUGACUUGUACUGCUGGGUGAUUUCAGUUACACUUUAUCAAAACCCCAUGAUUAUAUGUGGGAGAUUUAUCAAGAUAAAACAUCUGUUAUUCUGGAGCAAGGUACUAAAUAAGGUGCAAUCACCAUGUAACCAAAUGGAUUAUUUUAACAUGUAGCGAUUUGCUCUCAUAAGAGCCCCUGUUUCUCAUGAUACAUCUCCCCCACCUCCCCCCAUCCAUCUUUAGUGCAGGAGAGGGGGAAAAAGGUCUUCUUGUCCCACCCUGAAAACACCAACUGGUCUGAUAUCCCAAGAAGCUAUGGUAGAAUAAACCAAUGAGUUUAAGAAGAGAUGUGAUUUGGGAACACGCAUUUUCAUUGAAAGCAUUAAGGGUUUUGUUGUUACCUCUCAGCAAAAGUAGAAUUUGCUAAAUUGAGACUGCUAAGAAUUAGCUAGUGAACUUGGUUGCCGAACCCAGUAGUUCUUCUCUAUUAAAGAGACACUAUAGCGUUAGGAACACAAAAACCUAUUCCUAAUACUACUGUGUCCCGCUACCUAUUUAGGUGUUGUCCUCCCUCACCUGUGAGUGUUUGAAAGGUGAAUUUGACUCGCUCUUUUUCCCACGCUGGGCUCGCUGUGGCCACUUUGCCUCCCUGGCAUUAGGUGGCUAGUGAGCAUAUGCAGCAAAUUGCUGUGCUACACCAAUCAAAUGCUAAUCUAGGAGCAGUAUUUGAUUGAAAACAGAGUUUGACUCGGCAGUGCCUCUAGUGGCUGUCAGGAAGACAGCCGUUCACUAGAGAUGUGUUUAACCCUGCAAUAGAUAAAAAAUGAGGGAUUGGGGGCACACCAGUAAUAUGCAUUUCUCAGCAGGGGUGUUGCUCUAAAAAACAAAGAAAACAAAGUAUACAACACUCCAAUUUAUUUUACAUUGCAGGGUUAUAACUAAAGGGUCACUGCACCCACACCACUUCAUGGAGAAGAACUGGGAAAAUUCUCUAAGUCAGCUAAGCUUUCAGUUCAGCUACCCUGGCUUUAAAUUUGAAAUUCACUUUGAAUUAACUUUGAAUUCUUACUUUAGUGAAUAACUCUGCAAUUUCUCCAAUAUUGGGAUUUAAUUAACAUUAUUUUUUUUAUUUUUUUGGUCAAUUCAGGCAGUUGAGUAAAAAUGUAACAUAUACAUAUUAAAAAGUCAUGGUUCAAGUCUUCUCGUGGCCUACUUAUCUUUCUUUCAUCCCUGACCCUGUGCUGUGUUACACCCUGGGGUGUCCUUUUUGCCAUCGAUUAGUUACAUUCAGCUGAUUUGUUACAGUAAUACUGACCUAUAGUCUGAUAUUUAUCUAACUAAGGUAAUGCUAAACACAUGUUAACACCUUUCCUAUUGUUUUCUUCAAUUAGGACUCAGUCUAGGUACUUACAACAUGGAAGACAGCAUGAAAGAGGUGAGCCAUCAGCUGCUUUGCUAUACAUUUGAGAACACCUGUUAUUUUCUAUUCCAUAAUAUAUAAAAAAAAGAAGAAUAUAAUCAUUUGGGGAAUAAAGAGCUGCCAUUAUUAUGUUUGAUCAAAUAUAGAGAGAUUAGUUUAAUAAUAUUCCAAUCAGGAGUUUAAUAAUAUUCCAAUCAGGAGGAAUAACCUUUGCUGCCAGAUCUUUAUCAUUGUUGCACACUUCUCUUUAUGCUCAGAUUGUUACUAUAUUUUUUUCCUAUAAUCUUGGGACAAUAUUCUGCAUUUACUGAAGCGACCCCUAUGGGCCCAAGAUAAAUAUUACACUCCUUCCAUCUAGAUUUGGACAUUUUAGGCUGCAUUUAAUAUUUAAUACUAGAUUGCCUCUUUUCAGUGCAAUGUUACUAUUUUAAUUACACUUUUGAAUCAGGUAUCUAAUUAUCUUUAUUAAUUUGAUGGAUUUUAAUUUUUCAGACAAAUUAAAGUUUUAAGACACAACCGCAACAUAUUUGCAUUUUUGUUGAAAUUCCAUAUUUCACCACAAGGUGUUUCGGAAAUCAAAAUGCAACAAAGUCAUUACUCUUUUGAUAAAUGUGUGUAGGUCCUUCUAUGCUUCUUACGAUGAUGCUCACUAAAUAGUGCAUGUCUCCCUACCAUCUUGAUUUAGUUGGGGCAGUCUUGAUUUUUGGGCCCUGUACUGCCAUCCUGUCUUUGUUCCCUGGUAUCCUCUUUUUGGAGAUUACAGAGAGAGAGUAGCACACACGCAUCAUUAGACUUGCUCGUGCUGCACUCAGGGCUCUAGGAUCCUGCGGAGAUCAUUGAAACAGUGCUUCUUGCAUGGUCUGCCCUCAGUUAGCUAGCCUGCUUGAUUGGCAGCCAACGUGGCAUACAUUCACACUGACCUGCCAGUAAUCUGAUCACCUUCCCCCACUUUCAGAUCAGGUCCGUCCCUUUUGGGCAAAGCCAGUGACAAGAUCGCGUUGCCCCUUUACCCCUCUCUCAUCAGUGUCCCAUCUUUGUUGGGGGGUAUGUUAGUGAAUGACAAAGCAAGUUUAGACCAGUGUAGCUUGACUUGCAGGGUUAUUCAUGGUUCAGGGUUAUGAAUCACUGGGAAUUAACUUUAAGUUUGCAAAUUUUAGACAAAUGGGAAACAUCCAAGUCAGCUAUGUUUUCCAUUCCUUGGGUAAGUCUACAACAAUUCACCUUUACAGUUUGUCAGUCCUCAAACAAAAUUAGAGGGCUGCUAAAUUUCUUAAGCUGACAAGGAAUUUAGUAUUUUGCAUCUCUAAAUGCACUUGCACCUCUAAAUGUUUGACAUGACAGAUGUAUAAACAUAUAGGCAUUAAGUCACUGAAGCAAAAGUGACAGACAUUUGUGGCUGCACGUACAUAUUGCCACCAAAUGAACAAAACUGCUAUAAUUGCCCCAAUGUUAAAAAAAAUGGUAAUGUCUUUUUUAUUAAAUUAAUUACAGUGAUUUGGUUUUACCACAUUUUAUUAUUUUUGAGUUUCACGAUACACCAAACAAAAAUUUCAUUUCCAUGCUUGUUGUUAAAAAGCCACUAUUAAGCAUUUCUACUACCAAUAGCCAAAAGAUGUUGUGGCUAAAAAACAGGUUGCCAAGGUCCACUCUUUUCUUUAAGACCCGCACUCUACCCACCUCCACCAAUACUGACAACCACAUAUAACUUAUCAUUUGACAAUUAUUAUUAUUAUUUUAUUAUUUAUAUAGUGCCUGUAAAAUGACAGCAACAGGCAAUUUAGCAUUUAUCCACUUGUCUAUCAAUGAUUGAAACAAAGCAUGUACUGCCUAGGUAAACAAACUUACUUCUAAUUGGCAUCAAAAUCUAGGUUUCUCCUUCCACAAGCUGCACAGCCCAUCUGCAACACUGGUCAACAGCAUUGUCUAUGUCCACAGCCUCCACAUCUGGUAUCUAAACUGUGAGUGGAGACUUCUCAUAUAGCACAGAUCUACAUAACUCUGAUCCCUUACAUAAUCCUAAAAUUAGCAAUUGUUUGUCUAUGUCACCAUAACAAUCAGGUCCUAAUCCAUAAUGGAAUGUUCUAGACAUUAAACAUUUAUAAGGUUCUGUCCUUAAGGUUCUAUUUAUAUGUAGAUGUUCAAAAAGUAAACUAUUCCAUUGUGGCAUAGUGUCUGCACAGUUUAGCUUCUGAUAAGGGCAUGAGAUAUCUGGUCAGUAUAGUGAUAUUGGGAAAGAUGUCUCCGAAGUAACACACAAACCUGAAGAAGUAUGAGCUCUGAGCCUCUAUAUAGGAACAGAUAUCUAUUUUCCCAUUGGAGAGGUGAGGACUGGUAACUUUUGGCCUUCACAACAUGGCAGAUCAUUCACAAAGAUCUGCAUACCCUUGUCACAACUGCCACAAUGACAAUUGGCACGUGUUAUGACCAUGGUCUGCAGUCACUUGUAAACAGACAUCCAGAUGCAGAUAUCCAAUGGGAAAUAUCCCUGUGGAUCAGUUGCUGUUAGCCCAUUCACAAACCCAUAUUGUGCUAAAACAACAAAGUCCCUUUACAAUAACUGCCUGCUGCCUCACUUAUGCAUUUACUAACAAACAUUCCAACGCACUUCACACUGUCUGAUUCAAUGACAACCCCGGUAGUUAGUAGCUUAGGGAGACAAUUGCCAUUGCCCCCUUGCAAACUCUCCCAUGCCUUACCCCCUGAGAAACCUGGAUUGAAACUAGUGAAGGUGGAUAAACAAAGUUUGGGCAAAUUAAUAUUACACCCACCAUGUUGUGAUGCUGCUGGACAUAUUUAGAUAACAUUUACAUUCAAAUUAAUGUUUUUCUGCAUUUGUUUUUCAGAGUUUGUUUGGCAAGCACCCAAGGAUAUCAUUGUUGAACCGUCUGCAAACAAAAGACAAAAAGCAGUAUAAGAAACGCGGCAGUUUGUCAGAAUGUUUCUGGAAAUACUGUGUCUGAAAUUAAGGACAAGGAGAUAUUCUGCUUAUUUCUACAAAACUUUAUUUGCCCCGGAAAGCUGUAUAAAUUGACGCCUGGUUUAAACCACCUGAGUAAACUGUAAAGCGAGGAAUGUGUAGGCUAGAAUAAUUAAGUAUAUAUUAUUUUUCAUUUUGAAAUUAAUAAAUAUUUUAUGUAUUGCAAAUAGUUGGUAUAUUUUUUCUGCUUUCCAAAAUAGCUGUUUAAUAAG